AGGGAAGAGAAUUGAAAACACAAUUCAAAAGACAAGACCAUUUCCUCUCUAAAUAGACCCACCUCAUCUAUCCUCCCUCUUUCUUCUCCCCCUCUGUUUUCAAAUCGUUGAAAUUUAUAUGUCCGAUCUCUCUCGACUCCAUCAGAUCUCCUCCAAUUCUAGGGUUUUUCCAUUACUUGGAUCUCUUUCCCUUUUGCUCAGAACAUUUCUUUGCUCGUUUCCUUCUUUUAGAUCUUUGGAUCUUGUUAUUUUUGUUAAUUUCAAUUGAAAUGGAGGCGAUCGAAGAGUUGGGGCAACUCUCAGAGUCCAUGAGGCAAGCGGCGGCUUUGCUUGCUGACGAAGAUGUUGACGAAAACCCGAGCUCCACUUCUAGACGGAGUUCUACUUUUCUUAAUGUUGUUGCCCUUGGCAAUGUUGGUGCUGGUAAAUCUGCAGUUCUGAACAGCUUAAUUGGACAUCCUGUUCUGCCAACUGGUGAAAAUGGUGCUACCCGUGCCCCUAUAAGCAUUGAUUUACAGAACGAUGGCUCUUUGAACAGCAAAUCAAUUAUUUUGCAAAUUGACAAUAAAUCCCAGCAAGUUUCUGCAAGUGCUUUACGACAUUCUUUGCAGGAAAGGCUGAGCAAGGGGUCCUCAGGCAAGAGUCGGGAUGAAAUAUAUUUGAGACUGCGAACAAGUACAGCACCUCCUCUGAAAUUGAUAGACUUACCUGGCCUAGAUCAACGUGUCAUGGAUGAGUCUAUGGUUAGUGAAUAUGGUGAGCACAAUGAUGCCAUCUUGCUAGUUAUCAUUCCUGCGGCCCAAGCACCCGAAAUUGCUUCCUCUCGGGCCCUUAGGAUUGCCAAGGAAUAUGAUGGAGAAGGUACCAGAACUGUUGGUGUAAUUAGUAAAAUAGAUCAAGCUGCUUCAGAUAAGAAAACUCUUGCAGCUGUUCAGGCUCUUCUGUUGAACCAGGGUCCAACAAAAACUGUUGAUAUUCCAUGGGUUGCUUUAAUUGGGCAAUCAGUUUCAAUAGCUUCUGCACAGUCAGGAUCUGAGAGCUCAUUGGAAACUGCAUGGAGGGCAGAGAGUGAAAGUCUUAAAUCUAUACUUAGUGGAGCCCCUCAAAGCAAGCUAGGCAGAAUAGCUUUGGUGGAUGCUCUGGCACAUCAGAUUCGCAAGCGUAUGAAAGUUCGGCUACCGAACCUCAUUUCUGGGCUACAAGGGAAAUCUCAAAUAGUUCAGGAUGAAUUAGUAAGGCUUGGAGAGCAGAUGGUUGAAAGUUCUGAGGGCACAAGAGCUAUUGCAUUGGAACUUUGCCGUGAGUUUGAGGAUAAAUUUCUCCAACACAUUACAACUGGUGAGGGUGCUGGUUGGAAAAUUGUUGCAAGUUUUGAGGGAAAUUUCCCUAAUAGGAUCAAGCAGCUUCCUUUGGACAGACAUUUUGAUAUCAACAAUGUCAAGAGGAUUGUAUUAGAAGCGGAUGGUUAUCAACCUUAUCUCAUAUCUCCAGAAAAGGGUUUGAGAUCCUUAAUAAAAGGAGUUCUUGAGCUUGCUAAAGAGCCAUCACGUCUUUGUGUUGAUGAGGUACAUCGUGUUCUGGUAGAAAUAGUUUCUGCUUCCGCUAAUGCUACAUCAGGACUAGGAAGAUACCCUCCUUUCAAGAGAGAGGUCAUUGCUAUUGCUACUACUGCUCUUGAGGGGUUCAAGAAUGAAGCAAAAAAGAUGGUUGUUGCACUAGUGGAUAUGGAGCGGGCAUUUGUGCCUCCCCAGCACUUCAUCCGUUUGGUGCAAAGGAGGAUGGAAAGACAGCGCCGAGAGGAGGAGCUUAAGAACCGAUCUUCUAAAAAAGGGCAUGAUGCUGAGCAAGCAAUUCUAAAUAGGGCAACUAGUCCUCAAACAGGUGGUCAGCAAACAGGGGGAAGUUUGAAAUCAAUGAAAGAGAAAACCAAUCAGACAGAAAAAGAAGUGCAGGAGGCUUCUGGUUUAAAGACUGCCGGUCCUGAAGGAGAAAUAACUGCAGGUUUUUUGUCAAAGAAAAGUGCAAAAAAUGAUGGAUGGAGCAAGCGAUGGUUUGUUUUGAAUGAGAAGACGGGGAAGCUUGGGUACACAAAAAAGCAAGAGGAGAGACAUUUUCGUGGGGUCAUCACAUUGGAGGAAUGCAAUAUUGAAGAGGUUCCAGACGAAGAACCUCCCUCAAAGAGUUCAAAGGAUAAGAAGGCCAAUGGACCAGAUUCUAAAACACCCAGCCUUUUGUUUAAAAUAACUAGCAAAGUCCCCUAUAAAACCGUAUUGAAAGCCCACAGUGCUGUUGUUUUAAAGGCUGAGACUUUGGCUGAUAAGGUUGAAUGGAUAAACAAGAUAACAAAAAUUGCAGAACCUUCUAGAGGACAAAUGAGGAAUGCUUCUCCUGAAGGUGGUUCUACCUUGCGACAGAGUCGUUCUGAUGGUUCUCUAGAUACAAUGGCUCGAAGGCCUGCAGACCCUGAAGAAGAGCUUCGGUGGAUGUCUCAGGAAGUGCGUGGUUAUGUUGAAGCAGUCUUGAAUAGCUUGGCUGCUAAUGUUCCCAAAGCCGUUGUUCUUUGCCAAGUUGAGAAGGCGAAGGAAGAUAUGCUAAAUCAGUUGUAUAGCUCCAUCAGUGCUCAAAGCAAUGUGAGGAUUGAAGAGUUGCUUCAAGAGGAUCAGAAUGUAAAGCGCAGGAGAGAGCGUUAUGUAAAGCAGUCCUCUCUUCUUUCCAAGUUGACACGCCAACUCAGCAUUCAUGACAACCGGGCAGCUGCUGCUUCCAGUUGGUCUAAUGGUAGUGCAGAAAGCAGCCCCAAGACGAAUGGACCAUCAGGUGAUGACUGGAGAUCUGCAUUUGAUGCAGCCGCCAAUGGUUCCGUGGACUAUGGUUCAUCUAGAUCUUCAUCUAACGGUCACAGUCGACAUUACAAUGACUCGGCUCAGAAUGGUGAUCUAAGCAACAGUUCAAACUCGGGCAGCCGUCGUACUCCUAAUCGGUUGCCGCCUGCACCCCCCCAGUCUGGAUCCUCGGGUUACAAAUAUUAGCAGCAGAUGGCAGGUCGACAGUUCAUAUUUUCACAGCAUUUUUGGUGGGUGGGAUUUAAUAAAAGCUCACAUCAUGUUGAUAUUAUCAACGGGUCAUUCCAUAUUCUAUUUGAGAAUCGGUCGCAGAGAAGAGAGGGUGGUUUUGCUUUGUGUACAUAAGACUACAGUUCCUCCGUCAGGUUUUUACCUCAUGCCCUAAUUAGAUCAAUGGAUUCAAGGUGUUCUUGAAAUCCAUUUCUUAUAUUUUAUAUACGCUAUAUUCUUUUUCUUUUUUCGUUCGAGUUUUCAUUUGUUUUUCGUUUUCUUUAUUCUUGCCUCAUUUUUUGGACACUUAGAGAUAUAUUCUGCUUUGUAAUUUCUGAGCAUUAUAUAUAGUCUGGGGUGCAUUGUAAGGGAUCAAUACUCUUGAAGUUGGGUGUUAUAGUAAAACUUUCCAUUGAAAUUUGUUUCUGCUUCA